ACUCCUUGCGUGAGGAGGAGGAGACUUAAGCUACAACCGCCUCAGACCGCCUCUCCGUCCUCCUCCUCGCGUCGCCGUUAAAGCUCGUGCUCCUUGGACGUUCCUUUCCUGCCUUAAAAGUCGGGUGUCUUUUAUGAAUAAUCAAAAGCAGCAAAAGCCAACGCUAUCAGGCCAGCGUUUUAAAACUAGGAAAAGAGAUGAAAAAGAGAGGUUUGACCCCACUCAGUUUCAGGACUGUAUUAUUCAAGGCUUAAAUGAAACUGGCAGUGACUUGGAAGCAGUAGCAAAAUUCCUUGAUGCUUCUGGAGCAAAACUUGAUUAUCGCCGCUAUGCAGAGACACUCUUUGACAUUCUGGUGGCUGGCGGAAUGCUGGCCCCAGGUGGUACAUUGGCAGAUGACAUGAUGCACACAGAUGUCUGUGUGUUCGCUGCACAAGAAGACCUAGAAACAAUGCAAGCAUUUGCUCAGGUCUUUAACAAGCUGAUCAGGCGUUACAAAUACCUGGAAAAAGGCUUUGAGGAUGAAGUCAAAAAGUUGCUGCUAUUCUUGAAAGGUUUUUCAGAGUCUGAGCGGAAUAAAUUGGCCAUGCUGACGGGUAUUCUUCUGGCCAAUGGGACACUUAACGCGUCAAUUCUCAACAGCUUAUAUAAUGAGAAUCUAGUUAAAGAAGGUGUUUCAGCAGCCUUUGCAGUAAAACUGUUUAAAUCAUGGAUAAAUGAAAAAGACAUCAAUGCAGUGGCUGCUAGCCUUCGUAAAGUCAACAUGGAUAACAGGCUGAUGGAACUCUUUCCAGCCAACAAGCAAAGCCUUGAACACUUCACAAAAUACUUCACUGAUGCAGGAUUGAAGGAGCUAUCUGAGUAUGUCCGGAACCAGCAGUGCAUAGGUGCUCGUAAAGAACUGCAGAAAGAACUUCAAGAGCAGAUGUCACGUGGGGAUCCAUUUAAGGAUAUCAUCUUGUAUGUCAAGGAAGAAAUGAAGAAAAACAACAUAUCAGAACAGACCGUGAUAGGCAUCAUCUGGUCUAGUGUAAUGAGCACUGUGGAAUGGAACAAAAAAGAGGAGCUAGUAGCAGAACAAGCCAUCAAGCACUUGAAGCAAUACAGCCCUCUUCUUGCUGCCUUUACAACCCAAGGUCAGUCCGAACUGACUCUGUUGCUCAAGAUUCAGGAGUACUGUUAUGACAACAUCCACUUCAUGAAAGCCUUCCAGAAAAUAGUGGUGCUCUUCUACAAAGCUGAGGUGUUAAGUGAAGAACCCAUCCUGAAAUGGUAUAAAGAUGCACACGUUGCCAAAGGAAAGAGUGUCUUUCUGGAACAAAUGAAAAAGUUCGUAGAAUGGCUCAAGAAUGCUGAAGAAGAGUCUGAGUCUGAAACUGAAGAAGGUGACUAAGUUGUCAAGCAGUCAACAGUAAAGCAAACAGGAGCUGUAGAUAAAACGUCAUGUCUCGUGUCCUUCUAAUUCUUACAUCCUACCUCCCUGUAUCAAGCAUGAUAUAAGGGCUCUCAUGGCAAAUUUAUGUUUGUGUUUUCUAUGGUCAUUAGAAAGCACUGAAAUUAGGUUUUUAAAACCAUGUGUUAGUAGCUUACAGGAGCUAUAGAUUUGAUUCUAACAUUGCAUUAGUCCUUUCAGUUACAUUCUACCUCCUGUAUUUUCUACUGUAACAUAAUUUAAGGCCUUCCACAACUUAAAAUUCAUUUUAUCCCUGGGUUUUCUAUAAAAGUUUACAAGUAGACAUGAUUUGGAAAAUGAAAUUUGUUAUAAAAAUUCUGUUUGCAAAUUAAACUGUACAAGUAUCCAAAGUCAA